GUUGGUGUGGGCGUAUUCGACCCGAUACUAUGGGCCGGACGCGAUCCAGCAGGAGUGCGUGCCCGGCUUCAACGCCGACUUGCUGCUGAACAUUCUCAGCCCCAAGUACACUGCGAAGUUUAUGGAGUUUGCCCCUUGCGACGCUGGUUUCCCCUCGAGUGGGAAGCGCCAAUUCGGCAUCUUCGUCUUGGCGAAUAUGGUGGAAUCUCCGCUGGAGGUCGUGAGCAACGAUCUUAGGGAAACGUUUGAGAAAUGCAUCAACCAGCCCAACUCCCUCGACAUGAUAUUGCAGGGCAGUCAGGAAUUGCAAGACGCUUGCAUGGCCAGCACCCUGGAAAGCAACAGUCUGUUCGGCAUCCAGGUCGGCUAUGCAAAAUGGGAGGACGUGCUGACGCCGCACGAGCGGAAGCGGCUCACGUUCGCCAAGAGAAACGCUGCCGACUCAGGAUACUGUCAGAUCGACGAUGCGGGGAACUGCUUCGAUUGGAGCGUGUCAGCCGCAAUCGUCAAGUUGGACGUGACCGAAGGCUUCGACACUACGCGGAUUAGCCGCAUGCCUAGGCUGACCAAGGGCAGCUUGCUUUGGGACCUUGUCAGGGAGCGGCUGUUGGUCCCAGAGGAAUGCUGGAUCGCCAUGGGCUGGCCCGCUCCGCGCGUGGUCCCGAAAUCUGCCAUCAAAUGCUACCCUCACGACCUGAACGCCGUGUCGUUCAGCCAUCGCCGGGUGCUCAUGGGGAAUGGCAUGCACGUGGUAUCAAUGGGCUGCAUUUCCUAUUGGAUGAUGAGCGCGCCGACGUGGCGCCUGGAUCCGCGGGCCCGUUGA